ACAGAGAUAAGUAAAAUUAUCACCGAUCAGGAAGAAUAAAAAAGAAGAUAAAAAAUAUAGGAAUAUACCGUUUCCAGCUGAUGCAUUUGAAAAAAUGGAAAAGAACAAGGAACAACCUGAAGAUGACCGGAACACCUAUGUUGAUCUCGUUUUGGAAUCGCACGAUGCAAACACUCAACAGACGAGUUGUCAAGUAGAACAUACCCAGAGUCAGAAAAAACGCAGAAGAUUUAUCCCUCUCAGAUUUCAUUCGAAAAUUUUCAAAGCUUCCAAAAAAAAACGUCACGUGGAUGAUCACAGAAUUAGCACAAAUAGCAGUAGCUAUGCCAGUUGUAAGACCUAUAAGAAAGACUCUGCUAAAAGUAACGUUUCUUCUCAUACGUACCUAGACAUUGAUCAGUGUAUACAUCAUAUCGAACUUGAAAGAUGCAACAGCAUUGCUACAGAAAGUUGUUUUUCCGAGAGGACUGAUGGAAAGCGUUUGGACACAAGUGAACAGGGGAUUCAGAAAGCGAACAAUGUUCCGAAAAUACUAUACCAGAUGGAACUUCCUAAAAAGACAGGUCGACAUGCAAAGAAAUACAUGGUCCUAUUCUGCAUGAUCUUAGUUUGUGCUAUUUUAUCAGCAGCCAUUGCAAGUGUUUUCAGCACAAGAAGUCUUAGUGAGAGCCUUCCUUCUGCUGUAGAUAAACAAUUGAGUGACGGUUCUUUUCUACAGCGAGUUAUGUCUAACGUUAGCAACGUAGACGUGAUGAAUCGUAUAGGUGGUUUACAAAAUGAUAUGGAAGAUUUUUCAAAUAGGACAAAGAUGAGCAUAGACUUGUUUUCACUAAGUUUUCCAAACAAAACAGAUUUUGACGUACUGAAAGUGGAAACCCACAGGCAAUUUUACAAAUUAAUUCAUGCAGUUAGAUGUAAAACCGACUGUACUUAUGAAGGGGACGGGAACUAUCAGUCAUGUUAUACAUGUGAGGGUUUUAUUACAUGUACAAAUCACAUUUUGAAAAAUAUGACCUGUGCUCCAACUCAUGAAUACGGAAAAGUCUACUGGGAUGAUUAUGAAAAAAGGUGCCUAUUUGGUUCAGACACCUGCAAUCCAUUGCACACUUUUUUCGAGGAAGAAAAAAAUUAUACGGAAAGCAAUAAAACUAAUUUUUGAAGAAAACCAUUUGAUAAGUGAUACGCAGGACAAAAAGUAUCCUUACAAAACUGAAUACCUUUUAUUUAAUAUCCUUUUGUUCUAUCAUCGCUGGAACCUUGGGUUCCUUUUGUUCUUUAUAAAUUGAACAAAGAUGGCUCUGCCAAGGAAUGGAAUUGUUUAUGUCUAUCUAAAGUGAUCAACAUCGUCAUCAACAAACAAUUUCGAGGUAUUUCAACUACUAGGUUCAUCAUCUUUUGUGUUGAUUCUAUAGUUAUCGGAUUUGCAGCAUUCAUUUCUGCACAAUUGAGUACGAUGAGGAGACUGAGUAACUUUGAACCAAAAUUAUAAUGAAGUUAAAUGUCAAGGUCUAUAUUUACUGUAAAUAUAAAAAAUCAUAGACUACUUCAAGCUGCCCAAUGUAUAAUAUUGUCAAUUAUAUGUCUCCACUUGUGACAAAUUAUGUAAAAACAAACACAGACUCUUUUGUGUAUAUUCAAAGUUUGUUUCAGAAGACCAUGAUGUCAAUGUGAAUACAUA